AUGUUGCGUGCGGUCUGCGGCCUUCAUUCUCUUUUUCACUUCGGGCUCCUCCACAUUUGCAGCUCGAGGCGCAAUUAUACACUUUACCACAUAUAUUUAUUUAUUCUUUAUUCUUGACUUGCGCCAUGUUAGCCUUUGCGCCGUCCUUGGUUACGCUGGGCUUUGCUUUGGCCUCGCUCGCGGCAUCGCAAACCACUCCCGGCUCAACGACAGAAUCGGAACGGCUUAAUUUCACCACGCCUGGCACAAUGUCAGAAAACGGUCUCAUCUCCGAAACUAUGGGAAACAGCAACGUGACCAUUAUGAAUAGCACCAUGAGCUACAUGAACGCCACCACGCCUCGGACGGAUCUAAUAGGUAACACAAGUGAAGGCACGUCCAAGGAGACCACGCCUCCACCCAUGACCACUCCUAAAAUCUACACCACCAAAAUGACGGGAAGGCAGAAUGACAAAACAAAGCCUUAUGCUAGAAAAGGCUACGACACCGCUGGCAUCGUCAUCCUCCUUGUGAUCAUCGCGGUCGCUGUCGGAUUGGGGAUCGCUUGCUUCAUCUCGAGGAGGCGAGCAAGGCAAUACGCUGUGGAUUUCUCCUCAAGAGCAGACGAAGCCAGCGUCCCUCUGAGCCCCGUGGAGCCCAUGUUGGCCAAUGACGGCGCGCCACACCAUGGCUUGCAGACAUUUGAAAGGUCAAAAGAAGAAGAAAAAGCAGAAGCGACAACAAAUGUGGAGGAAGACGAAGCAAAAGCUGAAGCUGAGUCGCCAUCGCUACCCGAAGACGACUCGCGGGACAAAGAUGCCAAAGAUGCCGAGCCGGUGAAACCCAAUGACCCGGACCAACAAAUGCCCGACGGGACCGUGGAGGAGAGUCCAAAGAAUGAAAACAACAGCAACAAUUCUGACGUGACGCAGAGGAAAGAUUUCAAACCGUCCACCAUUUUUUGGGAGAUUUCCCUCAACAGCCCGGUGUGAGGAUGAACUCGCUUGCUCACUGAUCUCCACUAAACAUGGUUGAGAGACUAGCGACUGCAGAAACAAAGAAUUUUGGUUGUGAUAAUAAUUUGAGAUUUUUUUUUUUUCUUUUCAAAAUGACUUCACAUGAAUGUUGCGCUUUAUGUUGUUCCAUUCAUGGAAGUGAAACUGUGUAGUAAUACUUUAAUAUUCUAACAUGUAAAAAAAAAAAAGAUUGAAAAUCAGAUUUCUAUUAUUUUAUUAUUUUUGUGAAUUUUGAUGAGAAGAAAUCUGUAUAUACUUGAGUAUUCCUAUAAUGCUGUAGUAGCAAGCAUGUUUUUUUUGUUGUUGCUAGUAAAAAGGACAUUUCAAUUUG